AUGAGAGCUGUGAGGCCGCAGUUUGGACCUGUAUCGAGGAAGAGCUUCCUGUAUAACGCUAACGUCGCCAAGAUGGAUAUGUCUUCGUUCAUGACCAGUCCCAUGUCGCCUACUCUCCCCUUCAAACUCCCCCGUUCUGCGCUCCUGCCUGGCCAUUCAGACGAUAAAACGUCCCCUACCUUGCGCGACGAUACUCCUGGGCCGGUAGCGCGUUUGCUCCCCGAACUCCUGUCAAUCAUAUUCUCAUUCUGGCGCGAACUGGAGCCCACAAUGUUCUACGACCGCGAUCGAUCCGUGUACUUCCUGCAGCCCGAGCGUCGACUCGGAUGGAUCAAGUGCACGCACAUAUGCCGCGCAUGGCGCCAAGUCGCAUUGGACAGCGCGCACCUGUGGAACACGAUUGUAUUCGAGGACAGAUUCCAUGAAUGGGGAGCCGAGAUGCUCAAGCGCUCGAGGCGCUCUCAACUGUCCGUGCACCGCAUGCGACCCGGUUUGCGCCUUACGCGCCACGCGACAAUGCCGCCGGUGGAGAUCGUAGACGCCGUUUCAGCACACGCCGCACGUCUGCGCACGCUCACGAUCGAGCAACCUUCGAACGACUGGGAGAUCCUCGAAGUCGUACUUGGCCGCGCUGCACCACACCUGGAGGAGUUCGAUCUCGCUUCACCUUCAUUCGAGCCGCAUUUCAUUCUCCCGCCUAAGUUAUUCGACGGCCACGCGCCUCGACUAAGAAAAGUCAAACUCGCGGACUGCUACUUCCUGUGGCCGGCGCUUGCGUUUGAAACGGUCACGCACUUGGAUAUAAGCCGCGCGCCGAGACCGACACAUGCAAGUAUCGAUCAAGUGCAAAAGAGCAUCGCGCUCGACUUCCCUGGAUCAAGCCCGAAUGAGUUCGUGAACCCUACGUGCGACUUCAUCCUGGAUGCCUUGCGAUGUAUGCCUCACCUAGAGUCGCUCAUCCUCACCUACGCCAUUCCCCACGUUCCCACGUCCACGCCAACCGCGUCAAUCUCUGUAGAGCCCGUCAAGCUCGAAAAGCUCGCGCAGCUACAUAUGAUGGAACACACCCUCUCCCAAUGCGCGUGGAUUCUCGACCAUCUACAUGCACCGCAUCUCGCCGAGCUCCGUCUCAAAGCGGGAGGACCAGAGGACGACGGUCUGUCCGACUACGCGGCGCUACUACCGUUUAUCUCUGCUACCCUGGGUUCUCGAGCGCUCGACAUGCUACACAUAUCGACCUCUCCUUGGACACUGAAGCUUCAGUCAUGGGAGCACCGGCCCACCGCGAGUGGCUCAUGCGCCGAUCUCGCUUUUGCACCCACACCGGCGUCAGGUCCAGCGUCGAGCGCGUUCGGGCGUACCUGUGUGCCAUUGCUCAAUCUCGAGCUCGCGUGCGCGCAACGCAUCGAGGCAGAGACCAUGCAGCGGGCGCUACGCGUGCUGUGUGGCGCACUCCCACUGUCUGACGUGCAUGCGCUUUGCAUAUCCGACGCGAAUGAUGCAGGUCCUCACUCUGUGAGUCCAUGGACGGUCGAAGCAUGGAGAAGCACAUUCGGCGCUGCUUGCGCGGUGAAGUUUGCGUAUGCGCAAGGCAAUGGCGGCGUGGCGCUCGUCGACGCGUUGGCGGAGGAGGCAAAGCUGUUCCCGGCAAUGUCGAGUUUGGAGCUCGAACAGGUCGAUCUGAUGAGGGUACACGGUACCGCGGACGAGGGGCUACUGGGAGUCGCACGCGCGAGGUCAGAGGUCCUUAAAACCGUGAAGUUGAGGAGAUGUGUGGUGUCUAGACCGGUUGUAGAUGGGUUGGAAGUGUUGGGAGUGAAGUUGUCGUUGGGUUAG